AUGAAAUACAUAAAUAAUAUGGAUGAAGAAAGCGAAGAGAAAUACAUCGUAGAAAGUUUGGUUAAGUAUCAGUAUAAAGGUUUAACUGAGGCAUGCUUUGAUAAAUGCAUUACGAAAUAUGAGGCAUCAUUAACUCAAAGUAACAAAGUUUGCUUAUCCCCUCCAUGAGCGAGCAAAAAAAUUUUGCGUAAUCAAGAAGAGUACUAAUUUUUCCAAAUUUUAAAAUAUUUAAUUUGCAAAAAUGAAAAGUAAAAUUAAUUUAAUAUGUAAAUUUAUGAUUUAGUAUUAAGAAUUAUUUGAAGAAUUUGCAAUAAUAAUCUACACUUAUAUAUCAAAAAACUUUUUAUAAAAAAAUAAAAAAAAAAUUCAUUUUUAAAAAAAAUUUUUUGCUCGCUCACGGUGGGUGGGCCUAUGCCCAAAAAUAUGGAUUUUCCCGAUGAUUUUGCUCUCAUGGAAGGACAAGUUAGCCAUGUGUCAAGAUCGAUAUCAAGAAGCUUUUAGCUCCACAUUUCUAAGAAUUUAUGAAAAAGUAGUAAAAGGUAUGAGAGAAGCCAUUAACAUAAGCGAAGAUUAG